AUGGCGCGCCCGGGCCGGCGCAGUGGCCGCUGCCCCCGUAGCAGCCCGCUGGGCCGCCCCUGGCACGCCAGUCGGCCACCCGCCGCUGCCCCAGCCGCGUCCCCCACACCCGCGCACGGACACCGACUGCCAGCCGGACAGGCACCAACACAGGGCGAUGAAGAAGCAGCCCUUCACGAGUCCGCAGCAGAGGACAGCGAUGGAGUUACUGAUGGCCUUGACACCUUCUCGGACAUGGGCAGCACUGCCCUGUUGGAGGAGUGCGAGGCGGCGCAACGUGUGGCAGCCCUGCCGGAGGGCGAGCUGUUCCGCGACGAGGACUUCCCCGCAGAGGCGAGCAGCCUCAGCCACUCAGACCCGCAGGCGCCGCACCUCGGCGACGUCGUAUGGCUGCGACCGCACUGUACACGACAACAGCUAUGGAAUCCUGCAGACUUGCUAAGGAGGCUGGUGUGUGCUUGUGUUGGACGGCAGGAGCUGGUGGAGGAGCCCCGGCUGCUGGACGAGGGCCGCGGCGUGUCGGCGGUGCGGCAGGGCGCGCUGGGGGACUGUUGGCUGCUCAGCGCGUGCGCCGCCGUCGCCCAGCGGCCGCACCUCCUCAGGAAGGUGGUGCCGGGCGGGCAGCCGCUGCGCGGCCCUGGCUACCGCGGCGCGGUGCGCGUGCGGCUGUGGCGCUUCGGGCGGUGGCGCUGCGUGCUGCUGGACGACCGGCUCCCCUGCAGGGGCGGCGCGCCGCUCUACGCCAGCUGCGCCGGCGCCGCCCUCUUCUGGGUCUGCUUCGUCGAGAAGGCGUACGCCAAGCUGCACGGCAGCUACGAGGCGCUGGCGGGCGGGCACGCGCUCGAGGCGCUCGUCGACCUGACGGGCGGCGUCGCCGAGAAGCUGCGUUCGUCGGCCGCGCUCUACCCGCUGCUCAGCGACGCCUUCGCGCGCGGGGACCUCGUCACCUGCGCCAAGAAGGUCACUCGCGGCUGCCAAGCGCGCUACGCUAGCUAG